CUCUCUGCGGGGAGCAAGAAGGGUCAAGUGACAGCUUCCCAGUGGAUCCCAAUGAACCCUUGCAAGAAAGGCAGCCACAACCAGAAGACUUGAAACUAGGCAUGACCAGAAUUGCCUUUGCCCUUCUCCAUUUUGGGACACUUAGGGUGUCGGGGCAGCUUCCCUCCCCACACCCCAGGAUGCUGUUGGGGCUCCUCUCAGUGUGACUGCUGAGCUGUUCGAUCAGUUUGUGCCAUGGCUAUUUCAACGGCCCGCUUUAUCCAGAGAUGUCCUACAGGACGUUGCAUCACUAUUUCGUGCCCAAUGGGGACUACAAGGAGAACGAUGACCCGGAGAAGUAUCAGUUGCUUUUCAGGGUGAGCAACCACCUGCGCUGCACAGUGGAUGUGGAGGGUGAACACUCGCAUCCCGCGGCGGCGGUGGCAGCACCCACUCUGACCCUGCGUGAGGAAUUCACCCUCCUGGGCCAGCAAGUGGAGGACACGGCACGCGUGCUGGAAGGCAUCCAGAAGAGCAUCGGCUAUGACCUGGAUGGCAAGGAAAGCUACGGCAACUACCUGAGCAGGGAAUCCGUACAGAUUGGGGACACCUACGUCAACUCGGAGAAGUUGCUGGGGGAGCUGGAAAACAAGUUCCAGCAGGCCCAGGAGCACGAGAGCCACAAGGAGAGCCGCCUCAACCAUGACUUCCUGGGAAUGCUGGUGCAUGCGCGGGCCCUUCUCAAGGAGACACUGACCAUCUCAGCCGGCCUGCGGGACAAGUAAGAGCUGUUUGCACUCACCUUCCGGAGUCACGGCGCCUGCCUCAGCCACCUGCCUCAGCCACCUCAAGACAGAGUAUCUCAAGGGGCGAGUGGGAGCUGGCACCUC